UAUAUUUUAUCAUUAUCUUUCAUCAGAAUGUAUCCAUCUGUAAUCUAUAAAUUUUAUUUAAUCACAUAAUUAACGUAAUCUUCAACAUAUAAACGUUGUUUCAAUAUUUAAACAAUAAAAGCAAGAUGACACAAAUCCAGUUUUAAAAGACAGCGUACAGACGGCUGAAUAUUUCAUUAAAGAAGGUUUGAAUGCUCGACAAAUCAACGUUUAAAGUAUAAGCUCAUAUAAAGAAGCAAAUCACUUUUUGAUUUGAAAAGGUGUGUUGAAAUAUCUGGGAUGAAAUUUGGUAUACACUGAGAAAAAUUAGAUUUGUGAAGAUUUUAUCUACAUUCUUACAAAUAUUAACACUGAUUGUAAUAUAAGGAACAGAAACAUCUGUGUUUCCCUCUUUUCGCCUCACCAUCUAUUUGUAUGACUGCAGGUAGGCGAACAUUAAGACAGAUAGAUAGUCAGAUAGACUGAAGGACACCAGAGGUGACGGAGCAUCUGUGAUGGAGUCAGAAGAACAGAUUUAUAUCAACAUAGAGGAGCUGAAGGGAGACAAACGCUACAGACCAGAGGAAACUGGAACCAAGCCCGUGAGAACUGAUGCUGUGGCUGGAAAACAAACUGAAACUUGGCCACUUUUUAAAGUUUCUACGGUUUGUCUGGGCCUGCUGUGUUUCCUCCUUCUGACCACGGCCAUCAUAAUCAGCAUUCUCUAUAAAAAAGACUUUAAUCAGCUGUCCAGAGACCUGGCCAAUCACACAGCAGAGAAUCACCGGCUCCUGGUCCAGUACCAGAACCUGACUGAUGAAAGAGACAAGUUACAAACCAGUUUGACUGUUGGUAAGUGCCCUGAUGGAUGGAGGAGAUUUGGUUGCAGUUGUUACUUCUUUUCAACAUCAGUUAGCACAUGGUCUCGCAGUAAACAGAUGUGUCAACUCCACGGAGCAGACCUGGUGAUCAUAAACAGCCAGAGCGAGAUGAUGUUUCUGAAUAAGGUUAGAGCUCAUUCAAAGUUUUGGAUCGGUAUGGAUGGUAUGUCAUCCAGCUAUAGUAACAAGUGGACUGAUGGAUCAUCCCUUAAAACUACGUACUGGCAAGAUGGACAUCCUCAAAUAAGACACAUGAGAUAUUCGCCUUCCAAUCAGAUUUGUGCAGCUUUUAACAGCUUUGCAGUUGGUUCGUUUGUGAGGAAUAUUAAGUCAUGGACUAGUGAGUCCUGUAACCUAUUCCUACGGUCAGUUUGUAAGAAAGAGGCUGACAUGUCCCUAACGUCCUGGUAAACUCAAAAGACAUUACAAAGAAAAGUUUAAUUCUCGUAAAUUAAUUCUGAUCGAGUGCUGCUCAUGAUUAAGUGAUGUUUCCCAAUUAAAACUAAGACCAUUCAUUGUAAACGUGAAAUAUUAAACAUGAAUUAAAUACACUUUAGGUGACAGGCUUAUUCUUUAAAUAAUUGGUAAAUAAUAUUAAACGUAGAUGAAUAAUUUUUUAUACAGCAUCAACAGCAGUAGUCCUGUCAGGGGACUUUAAUGGAAUAAGACAAAAUAAACAGUAUAGAAUAAAUAUAUACAAAUAAUAACGGAAAAUACAGUAUGUACAAUGGCUUACAUUUAUGUAGCAGAAUUAAGUCUAUAUAGAAAAUACAUUUAGGCUGGAUGCAUAUAGCUAUACUUGACUUUUUCUUUUCCAAAUGACUUUUUAAAGGUUAAAAAAUCUUAUUCCAGACGUGUUUAAACGGUUUCAGAACUAAUCAGAAAACACAUCACAUGACUCUUCAACCUGGGGAUGUGCAUGCUGGAGUAAAGUAAAUGGACUUGAGCUUGUAGAGCGCUAUUCUAGUCUUCUUCAGGUCAAACCUAUACACAUUCACAGACAGCUGUCUGGAUUGAACCCCACACCUUCUGGAUAAGAGAAGACCAACUCUACCACUGAGCCACAGCUGCCCAAAGAUCUACCAUUUACUGUAUAUAAAGUAAAGCCAAAACCAUGUCUAAAAAACAUUUAUUUGAUGUGUAUUUUGAUUGAAAAGUUUGACCCAUGUUCCAUCAGUUAACAUGGAGGAGGCGGAGCUUAUGACCUAAACCACAGCCAGUCAGCAAGAGGAGCUCUCAAUAUUUUUGCUUCCCUUUUAGGGAGCUGUCUUUUUAUCCAUUAUAUAUUUUAAAACAGUCUCUCAACAGUAUGGACAAACAAAACAUUGCUUCAUGAAGGGCUGAUAACUCCAGUGAACAUGAAAACUGCCAAAUUAAGCUUUUGAGCACCUACAGGCUGUAGCUUUGUGAAAGGGCUCAUCGUUUGACAAACUAAUGAAAUUAAUUAUUUAUCACUUCACUUCUACCGAAACCAUAACAGACUAUCUUGAAACAAACACAGUAAGCCUCCAAAUAAAUCUGACUCAUACAUUGAUGUAAUUGUCAUCAAUUAUAAUAAUAAUAUAAUUAUAAUGUACAGUAGUUCACUUGAUUAAGGGCAUUUAUUCUUUUCUCUUUAUUAUUCUAUGUUCUGUUUCAUUAAAAUCUUUUUUUGGCCUCCUCAUC